AUGCUGCCGUACCUGUUCCCUGACCUUGCUGCCUUUCCCACAAUCGCUGACCUCAUUACGCACCUUCGCACUAGUGACACUCGCUACCGCGCUGCACUUCCUGCUGAGUUCUGUGCCAAGAACCCCCCCCCCCCCCCCCCCAUGUACAUCACCCUCUACUACAUAGUCACCCGGCUCCCUAACUCCCUUGGCUUAGUCAGGGACCACUUCCUCUCAGUUUGCCCCACCACACUCACCGUUGACCUAAUUGAGGAGUGUCUCCUAGCAGCAGAGAAGAGGAUAGUCGCUGUAGGAGCCUCUCGUGGUGACCCUCGCACCCCCCUCUUUGAGGGGUGUUCCCCUUUCCCCCUCUUGCCCUCUUUUGCUUCUACUGCUGCGGCCGACCUUGUUGGUUUCGAGUCGGUCGGCGCUGCGUCUACCCGUAGCAGGAGACGCAGCACCGGCAAAGGCAAGGGGGGCAAGGGCGCUGGAGGGGCUGGCGGGGCCAGUGGAGGUGGUGGUGGAGGCAGUGGAGGGGGUGGGGGUGGUGGUGGGAGUGGUGGCGGGGUUGGAAGUGCCGGUGGCAGCAGUGGAGGCGGAGGAGGCGUCGGCGGUGGCGGAGGGAGCGGAGGCGGCGGAGGUGGCGAAGGCGGCGGAGGUGGCGGAGGCGGCGAAGGUGGCGGAGGCGGCGGUGGUAGCGGUGGAGCUGAUCGCGGCUCUGCGCAGAGGAGUGGAUCCGGUGGUGGUCCGCGCCAGCAGCAGCAGCGCAAUGUCGAGACCCUGUCCCCUCAACAGCUUCAUGAGUGGUACGCUGGGCGUCAGCGCGGUGGGGGUAUUGGUACCUGCACCUACGUCCUCCGUACCGGCGACCGCGCUGGUGAGAAGUGCGGGGGCCCGCACUCCAUCCAGCGCUGCUUCGGCCGCCAGACAAUCGCGUGGCGUCACCAGUUCCCUGAGGCAUCUGAGAUCCCUCGCUGGGGAGAGUUGUCUAGGACGGGGGUUCCUAUCUUUGAUCUUGAUUAUAAUGUGAUUCUUGCUGCCAUGUAUGCUGUGUUUGAUAGUGUUGAGGGUGACUGUUACCUAUAUGUUCCGCCUGAACCGGGCAUUGAGGCUGCUGCUCUAGGUGCUGGUAAGGCUGCUGCUCUAGGUGCUAGUGCGUUUGCUGCCCCACGUGCUGGUGAGUCUGCUCUCUCACGUACCACGUCGACUCAGGCUUUCCACACCUUCACCCUUGACUCGGGUGCUUCCCGCUCCUUCUUUCGAGAUCGCACCACGCUUACACCACUUAGUCGGCCGGUUGCGGUCUCCCUGGCGGACCCCUCUGGGGGUCCUGUCCUUGCUAGCUUCUCCACUGUCUUACCGUGCCCGGCAGCCCCCUCUAGCACCCUGUCAGGUCUCUACCUCCCCUCGUUCUCUACGAACUUGGUCCUCCCCCAGUAG